CCCCGGCCGUGCGAGAGAGACGGCGCGACUGAUAAGGGCCGCGCUGUGCAUACGGUUAUCUCAGCUCAUUUCGGACGGCGGCCCAUGCAAAGUGUCCUCAGUCAUGGCUGAGCUGUAGUGGAAGGCGCCACACCGUCAGGACCAGGAUCCAAGUGAGCUAAGAUGGGGGACAACAACGAAAAGCCAAUUAUCUCGGUGCUUUCAUCCAGCGCAGCCAACAAUGACUUCGGUGGACCCAACACGUCCAACGGCCACGCAGCGCCCCGGAAAAAGAAGUCAGGAUGUGGAAAGUACGCCGACGCUCUCAAGGUCCUGCUGCCGUGCAGAGGGGCACCUCGCAACAAGAAGAAAAUGCCGGCGAACAAGGCAGGCCUCUUCUCCUUCAUCACCAUCAACUGGCUCUCCAGGAUGAUGUGGAAGGCCUUCACCACGGGACUCACACAAGAAGACUUCUUCGACCUUGAUGAUGCCGACGACGCUGCGGAGAGCGCCCGCCGCCUGGAGAGCAUCUGGGGCCGUCGCGUGGGCAAGCAAGGGGCUGCGACUUCCCUGGCCAAGGCAGUGUGGCGCUUCUGCAGGACCAGAUCCCUCAUCGCCAUGGUCCUCAUGGCCAUCUCCAUCGUGCUGCAGUUCACCGGACCGGCGUUCCUGCAAAAGAUGCUGCUCGCCUUCAUCGAGGACCUCAACCAGCCCCUGUGGCAGGGCCUGCUCAUCGUGCUCGGUCUCUUCCUCUCGCAGCUCCUCCGGAACUUGUUCUUCGGCAUGGCCUACGUCAUCAACAUGCACACUGCAACGCGUUUGCAGGGUGGCCUGCAGCACCUGGUGUACAACAAGGUGCUGCGGCUGCGUGCCAGCGACGACAAGGCUCUGGGACAGGUGGUCACCUUCUGCUCGAGCGAGCAGGAACGUAUGUUCGACGCCAUCCACAUGAGCAGCAUCACCGUAGGUUCACCCGUCAUGUUCGCGCUGGCCGUGGGCUACUCCGUGUGGCUCAUGGGCGCAUACGCCCUCAUCGGUAACGCCAUCAUCCUCCUCUUCUACCCGAUCAUGGGUGUGGUGGCCGCUGUGACGAGCUACGUGCGUACGCGCACCGUUCAACUGACCGACAAGCGCAUCAACAUCAUGAGCGAGAUCCUCAACAACAUCAAGCUCAUCAAGAUGUACGCGUGGGAGGAGAGCUUCGCCGACAACGUGAAAGGCGUUCGUGAAAAGGAGCGCGUGCAGCUGCAGCGGGCCGCCUUCUUGCAGUCCUUCAGCAGCACCAUCUCGCCGUCUAUCACCAUCCUGGCCGCCGUCGCCACCUUCAUCUGCUACUCCCUUGCUGGUUACGAGCUGGAGUCCGGAACGGUGUUCACAGUCUACUCCGUGUUCAACGCUCUCCAGUUCACCGUGGCCACCCUCCCCUACGGCAUCAAGUGCAUCACCGAGGCCCGCGUUUCCUUCCAGAAGAUGGAGAAAUUCCUGAUGAAGCCCGACAUGGACACUCACUCCGGCCAACACGUCCCCAAGUACGACUCGGGCAACACGGCCAUCCUCAUGAACAGCGCCAACUUCGUUUGGGACGACCCGGCCGAGGGCAUCGCCAACUCAGCCUUCGAGGACAACAACGUGAACGAGGACGCCGGCAGCGAGAGCCUGCGUAACAUCAACCUGACGAUUCAGAAGGGCAAACUCAUCGGCGUCUGCGGCUCCGUCGGCUCCGGGAAGACGUCCCUGCUCUCCGCCAUCACCGGAGACAUGGUUUGCGUGCGCGGCGACAUGGACGUGAACGGCAGCGUGGCCAUCGUGACGCAGCAGGCCUGGAUCUUCAACGAGACGCUCCGCGAGAACAUCAUCUUCGGCCUGCCCUUCGACGAGCGCCGCUACCGCGACACUGUGGAGGUGUGCUCGCUACAGCGCGAUCUGGAGCUGCUGCCCAUGGCCGACAUGACCGAGAUCGGCGAGCGCGGUUCCAACCUCAGUGGUGGGCAGAAGCAGCGUGUCAACCUGGCCCGCUCCGUGUACGCCAACAAGGACAUCUACCUGCUGGACGACCCGCUGAGCGCCGUGGACGCGCGCGUCGCCAAGCACAUCUUCAACAAGUGCAUCAAGGGCAAGCUGAGUGGCAAGACCGUCCUGCUAGUCACGCAUGGUAUUCAGUUCCUGGAGGAGUGCGACGAGAUCCUGUACAUGAAGAACGGCGUCAUCUCGGAGCGCGGCACGCACGCCGAGCUCAAGGCCCUGGAGGGCGACUACGCGCACAUGCUGUCCUACGACCAGAACCGCGACAAGGAGAAGGACAAGAAGGACGAGGAGGUCAACGUGGCCGACCUGGACGAGGAGCCGCCCGUCGACGUCGCCGGAGGCACCCUGACCGCGGCGGAGGCCCACAGGGCCAUGGGUGCCAAGGCCUACAUCGAGUACUUCCGGUUCUGCGGCGGCGUCUGCAUCAUGGCCAUGCUCUUCAUCCUCAUCCUCGCCUUCGUCCUCUCGCAGCUCUUCGCCGGACUGUGGCUGCAGAUCUGGCUCGACAUGGGCGACGGCAACGGAGGCACGAGCGUUCUGAAGAACCCCAACCUCCAGCUGUACCAGAUCAUCUACGGCAUCUCCUUCUUCCUCAUGAUGAUCACCGGCAGCAUCAAGGGCUUCGGCUUCGCGCGGCAGCUGGUGCUGGCCUCGUCCAGGAUGCACGACACCAUGUUCAGGAAGGUGAUGCGCUGCCCCGUGGCCUUCUUCGACGUGACCCCCGUCGGCCGCAUCCUGCAGCGCUUCUCCAAGGACAUGGACGAGCUGGACGUGAGGAUCCCCUACUACCUGGAGUACGUCGCGCAGGGCAUGCUCACCUGCGUCGGCCAGAUGCUCAUGGUGUGCGUCAUGUACCCCGUCUUCUCCGCCGUGCUGGCCGUCGCCGUCGUCAUCUUCGGCUUCCUCGAGGUGUGGCUGAACCGCGGCCUGCAGCAGAACAAGAGUCUGGACAGCAUCCGCAAGGCGCCCGUGCUGACGCACCUGUCCUCCACCAUGUCGGGCCUGAGCGUGAUCCGCACGUACGGGCGGCAGGACGUGCAGCUGCAGCGCUUCCGCCGGCGCCUCAACCACUCGCUGGCGUCCGACCUCAUCUACCGGUCCUCCGUGCGCUGGUUCACGUUCCGCAUGGACAUGAUCUGCGUGACGCUCGUGGUGCUCACGGCGCUCGUGUGCGUGCUGCUCAAGGGCGACGCGUCCUCGGCCAAGAGCGGCCUGGCGCUCAGCAGCGUGUUCGCCGUGUGCAACGUGAUCCCCUUCGUGAUGCAGAUGGCCUCCGAGCUGCAGGCCCGCUUCACCUCCGUGGAGCGCGUGCUCGAGUACACGUCCGGGCUGACGGAGGAGGCGCCCCGGCGCAUCGCCAAGAGCCCCAAGCCCGACAAGUGGCCCGUCAAGGGCGACGUGCUCAUGGAGGAGGUGGAGCUGCGGUACCGCGAGGGGCUGCCCCUCGUGCUGCAGAAGGUCAACGCCAACAUCAUCGGCGGGGAGAAGAUCGGCGUGGUGGGUCGCACUGGCGCCGGCAAGUCUUCGCUCAUCAACACGCUGCUGCGCUUCCAAGAGCUGGCGGGCGGCCGCAUCCUCAUCGACGACGUGGACAUCGCCAAGAUCGGCCUGCACGACCUGCGCUCCUCCAUCGCCAUCAUCCCGCAGGACCCCGUGCUGUUCGAGGGCACCAUGAGGUUCAACCUCGACCCCUUCGAGGACUUCUCCGACGAGCGCAUCUGGGAGGCCCUGGAGAAGUCGCACAUCAAGGACAAGGUGUCCCGAGAGGAGAAGCAGCUGCUGACCCCCAUCACUGGGGGCGGCCAGAACCUGUCCGUCGGCGAGAAGCAGCUCAUCUGCCUCGCCAGGGCUGUCCUCAGGAGAAAUAAGAUCCUCCUCCUGGACGAGGCCACGGCCUCCGUGGACGUGGAGACGGACUUCCUGAUCCAGCGCACCAUCCGCGAGGCCUUCCACGACUGCACCGUGCUCACCAUCGCCCACCGCCUGCACACCGUCGCCACCUACGACCGCGUCAUGGUCAUGGACGCCGGCAAGGUGAUCGAGUUCGACACUCCAACAAAUCUGCUCAACGAUACCAACUCCGUCUUCAGACAAAUGUCGGACGCCGCCGGCGGAGUCAGUGUGGAAAAUUCGUCAUGAAGGGACUGUCCUCCUUAGAUUAAUGUAUUAAUUUAUUUGUGUGAAGUACAAAGUAGCUCGGUCAUCUCCGCUCGUGUUAAACGUAUCACUAAGUCCGUCAUCCAGCGAGCUUGAUUCUGUUUGACGUGUCAGGGACUUUUCAACAGAUACCCUUGACUAACGCUAAAAAUAUAAUGAGAUCGUCAUGACGACGGUUUUGAAGGUCCUGUCGCCUUCACCAGAGUUUGUCUCCUUUUUGGGAAGUCAAGUGAUACGGUAUUUGAUGUUAUCGUCAGUUCCUAACAAACACAGGUCACAAAUGUAUGAUUUUGAAAUUUUAAACUAAAGAAGGCAUCGAAUUAAACUGUCGGUAGCUCAAGAUUUAAGCAAGCGGCCGAGUAGUAUUGUUUCUAGCCUAUUUCGAAACGAGUCUAAGUGCAGUGAAGCAACUAACAUUGUCCACAACAGCAUUGUCAGAUCUCAUUCAUUCAGCGAACCUGUGAUAAGUUUGUGUUUGAAAGGUCCGUAUUGGGGAUGCCACUAAGUAUUGCAUCCCAUGGAAUGUAAUGUAUAGUGAUAAAUAAAGCUAUAACCACUCACGAA